UGUACGGCGAAUCAGCCGGCGUUAAAUUCGCGUGAACGGAUCGUCACGGUACGCGAGACGAUAGCGCGCUACGAGGAAAAGAAAAAAAACGAGAUAGAGAGAGGAAGAGAUCGUCAGGGAAGGAUAGAAUGAAGCACAGACGGAGACAGAUAACGCCGCUCCUGGUACGUCGUCAGCGCUAAUAUAAUUCCGUUAGGUAUUCCGAACGCGGCAGUCUUCGUGCGUUUUUCUGAGAGUUUGGUGGUGUUUAGCCUGAAAAAUGAGUGACCGCACCGUGGUGAUAGUAUCCGCAGUUAGAACACCCAUAGGAUCAUAUUGCGGAUCCUUAUCUUCACUGAAGGCAUCAGAUCUGGGCACUGUUGUUAUUAAAGAAAGCCUGAUAAGAGCUGGACUGAAAGGAUCAGAUGUUUCUGAAGUUAUCAUGGGACAGAUACUUACAGCAACAGAAGGUCAAAAUCCAGCAAGACAAGCUGCGAUAAAUGCUGGUAUACCUAUUCAUGUACCUGCUUAUCAAGUCAAUAUGUUAUGCGGCUCUGGUCUAAAAUCUGUAAUGACUGGUUACUGUUCUAUAAAGUCAGGAGAAAGCGAAGUGGUUGUAGCUGGUGGUCAGGAAAAUAUGAGUAGAGCACCACAUGCCACUUACCUCAGGGCUGGUAUAAAAUUUGGAAGUUGUAAUCUAAUUGAUACAUUGUUGGACGAUGGCCUAACAGAUGCCUUUUAUAAUAUUCAUAUGGCAAUUACAGCUGAGAAUCUUGCUGAAAAGUAUGCGAUAACUAGAGAGGCACAGGAUUAUUAUGCCACCAAAUCUCAGCAGAAGGCAGAAGCUGCUAUUAACGCUGGAUAUUUUGAUAAGGAAAUUACUCCAGUAACUAUUGAAAGCAAAAAAGAAUCUAUUGUUAUAUCUAAAGAUGAAUUCCCAAAAUUCGGAACAACUACAGAAAAACUUGCAAAGUUAAGACCGGCGUUCAAGCCUAGCAAUGGCACAGUUACUGCCGGGAAUGCAUCGGGUAUAAACGAUGGUGCAGCUGCUGUAAUCCUCAUGUCGCAAGAAGCUGCUGAAAGUAAAGGAAUCUCGCCAUUAGCCAGUAUUGUUGCAUUUGCCCAGGUUGGAGUUGAACCUCAAAUUAUGGGCAUUGGACCUGUCGAAGCUGUUAAGUUAGUUUUAAAAAAAGCAAACUGGACGAAAGAGGAAGUGGAUAUUUAUGAAUUAAACGAAGCUUUUGCCGUACAAGCAAUCGUGUGUGUUCAAGAACUUGGAUUAGACCCUGAGAAAGUUAAUGUAAAUGGCGGUGGGAUUGCCUUAGGUCAUCCUGUUGGUAUGUCAGGAACAAGAAUUCUAGUUACCCUUUUACACACUUUAGAAAGAACAGGAAAGAAAAAGGGUAUUGCAUCUUUAUGCAUUGGAGGAGGAAUGGGCAUUGCUAUUGCUAUUGAAAGAAAAUAACGAAUGUCUUCCUUAUUUAUAUAGAUAUGGAUCUUAUAUAAAAAUUUGUUAUAUUUUUAUUAAAGUAUUUCUUGAGGAUGGCCUUCCUUAUGUUAUAUAUUGAAUAAAAAUAAUAAAGGGAUAUUUAUUACUA